AAUAGCUUUCGGGGGCAAAUGGGAAGAAGCUUCUGUGUCCGUAACAGUAACGAUGGGGAUAAAGUGUGGAAGACGACGAAGUCCUCGUCCAUGGCUUCUUCCUCUUCCUCUUCUUGCUCUUCCUCGCUCCCGUCUCCGCCCUACACCCAUCCCUGAGGAUAGUGACGAUGAUGAUGAUGGUGCCUUCCGGUCGGGCCGAGAUGACGCAGGAGGCGGUGGCCGAGAAGGCCGUGGCGGCGAUCGGCUGCGGCUACGACCUGUGUUCCGACCUCUGGCUCUCCCACGUGAAGCCCGAUCCCGAAGGCCGCCGCUUGAUCGAGCUCGACCAAAGCCUCGCCCACGACCUCGUUCUGCCGGGAGGAGUCGUGGUUCCCAACGUCCCCAAGUCCAUCGAGUGCGAUAGAGGGUCGAGGACGAGGUUCCGGAGCGAUGUCGUCUCGUUUCACCAGAUGGCGGAGCAGUUCAAUCAGUGUCUUUCGCUGUCGGGGAAAAUACCCUCUGGUACGUUCAACGCCAUGUUUGAUUUCAGGGGACGCUGGCAGAAGGACGCAUCAGCUACCAAGAGCCUCGCCUUCGAUGCUUGGUACGUAACUCUCUACGGUGUCGAGCUUGUGAGCUCUCGAGUAGUGUUGCUUGACAAAGUUAAGCAAGAAGUUCCAUCCUCAUGGGAUCCUGCUGCAUUGGCCGAAUUUAUCGAAAAAUAUGGCACUCACAUCAUUGUUGGAUUGAAGAUGGGUGGUAAAGAUGUAGUCUGCGUUAAACAGCAGCAGGACUCACUUCUUCAGGAAACUGAUGUGCAGAAUCUUCUAAAGAAGCUAGCUGAUGAGAGAUUCUCUGAAACUACAAAUGGAGACUUAAUCCUGGGAGAAGGCAAAUCAUCAGAAAAGCCGAAGGACAAGAAGAUUGACAAACAGGAAAACAAUGCAGCAUUUUUUACAUCUGUUCAGUCAUCUAUUAUAUCACACUCAAAAAAGGAUGAUAUAGUAAGCAUUGUUGUCAGAAGAGGAGGAAUCAACAAUAAUCAAAGCCAUAACAAAUGGCUUGCAACUAUUCCACAGUCACCAGAUUUGGUAACAAUGUCUUUUGUACCUAUAACUUCUCUGUUAAAUGGUGUUACAGGAAGUGGGUUCCUAAGUCAUGCAGUGAACCUUUACCUCCGAUACAAGCCACCAAUUGAAGAACUUGGACAUUUUUUGGAGUUCCAAAUACCUCGUCAAUGGGCUCCAGCAUUUGGUGAGCUCCCUCUUGGUCCACGACUAAAAAAGCAGAGUUUACAAUCACUCCAGUUCACGCUUUUGGGUCCAAGGCUUUAUGUUAACAACAUCCAGGUUGAUUCAGGGAACCGUCCGGUGACAGGGAUUCGGCUGUACUUGGAAGGCAAGCGGAACGACCGCUUAGCGGUUCACCUCCAACACCUCUCUUCGCUCCCUAACAUGUACCAGCUCUCCGAUGCAACUACUUAUGCUGAUGAUGACACCUUGUUCAACGACCGUCAGUAUUAUGAGCCCAUCAAGUGGUCACUGCUCUCUCACGUCUGCACGGCUCCUGUACAAUACAAUGGAGCCUGCAUCGAUGACUCUGCCUCCAUAGUGACCAAGGCCUGGCUGCAAGUGAAGGAGAUGGGCAUGAGGAAGGUGCUGUUUCUUAGGCUCGGUUUCUCCAACGUCACUUCGAUGACAAUCCGAAGGUCUGAGUGGAACGGACCGGCUGUGGUGUCACGGAAAUCAGGCAUCAUCUCGACAUUGAUCACCUCGCGCUUCAGCACAGGUCUCAUACCCGAACCGAAGCCGAUGGUGGAGGUGAACUCCGCAAUCUACCCGAAGGGCCCGCCGGUGCCGAUCAGGAUGCCAAAGAUGUCGAGAAUUGUCGAUACAACAGAGGCUUCGAGGGGGCCAGAUGAUCUACCAGGGUACUGGGUGGUCACCGGGGCUAAGUUGUGCGUCGAUGGUGGCAAGAUCUUUCUUAGAGUCAAGUAUUCAUUGCUAGUGGAAAUGCCCGAGGAUGACUUCUUGAUGUGAAAACAGCAAAUAUUUUCUUUCUGGUGUAGGCGUUAAGAGAGAGAAAGUAAUUUGUUGUAGAUUCCUUCAAUAGUUAGGUCGUUGUUCAUUUGUCGUAGACACUUUUGUGAACAGUAUAACAAGAAAUAAUGUUUUAUAUUAUAAGAUAAUUAUAGUUUUAAUAACA